GUGCGACGUGUCGUCGGCGUUGGUGGCGCGGCGGCGGCGGCGGUAACGGAUUAGCGGGGCCGCGUGUGUAACUACCGUUUUAAAAUCGGUGGGUUCGGUCUGCGCUCCCAUUGGCCGACGGGCGUACGGCCCAAAAUGCAAAACCCGAGGGCCGCCGCUGCCGUCGCCGCCGUCGGUUCGGUGUAACUCCCGUCCGGACCAGCAACAGGAUCGACGUCGCCGCCGCCGUCGAUCAGUGAUCGUUUCGCACGCACCGGGUCCGUUUGUCCGUCCGCCCGUGCGCUUGAAGCUCGCCCAUCCACCGGCGUUUUUUUUCUCUCGCCCUGGCGCUAUCAUUUUUUUUUUCGUCCCGUCUUCUCUCGAACCAUUACCACCACCACCACCACCAACGGUCCCGAAGUCGAUUACGAAAACGAUAAAACGACAUUAAAUUUGAAAUUAUAAAAAUAGUAUUUAUCGCAAUCAUUAUUUGAUAACGAUAUCCGACGUAGGUACCCGCCGACGUUUUAUGGGUGUAACGACUCUUUAUGUCUCGUAAAUACCUGAACGUAACAAUAUAAUCACACCGGAACCACUGCCGUCGAAAUCCUACCCGACGACGCAAUAACUAUCGGCCCGGCCGCCGCGGAGAGCAGCACGCUCGAUCUGAGACCGCCGACGAAGGGCAGACCGGACUUCGAUUAUGGUCGUCAUUUUUAAACAAGAAUACGAAAAUCAAAGCAUGAGCAAUGAAUAUAGUUACUCUCGUGGAAGACCUCCUGCAGAAUCUAUUUCUCGAAUUGCAGAUUGGGACAUUAACGAUUCGAUUAUUCCAAGGGUGAGUAACUUCAACUUGUGGGAAGAAUGGGCUGACGGGCAUUGUCGCUUGGUAUACCCACCCAAUUGCGAAGAAGCAAAGAGACACGCUUCUGGAUGGGCAAUGAGAAACACCAACAAUCACAAUGUGCACAUAUUGAAAAAAUCGUGUCUGGGUGUUCUGCUAUGCUCGAGAAGGUGUGUACUUCCUUCGGGAGACACUGUCCACCUAAGACCAGCUAUAUGUGACAAGGCUCGAAAAAAACAACAAGGUAAACCGUGUCCCAAUAGACAGUGUCACGGGCACUUGGAAAUAAUGCCUUGUAGAGGACACUGUGGUUACCCUGUCACACAUUUUUGGAGGCAUACAGAGUAUGCAAUAUUUUUUCAAGCCAAAGGUGUGCACGACCACCUGAGACCUGAAGCCAAGUCUACUUCAGAAGCACGAAGAAGCUUUGGCACCAGCCGCAAGAUACGAAACUGCAUGCUCCUAACUCGUGAUGUUCCUUUUAAUAACAAAGUAUUAAAUUUAAAAAAUCAAAAACAGAAAGCCAUUAGUCAUGGAAAUCGCAAACAGUAUUUAAGUACACAACUAACUCAAGAGCUGAUUUCUGAGAACCGAAGUAUAAACUCCGGCUGCUCGUGUCUUCCGUACUAUUGCGUUUGCAACAACAGCCGCCUGACUGCACCCGGGCCAGAACCCGCGACCGCCAUCCUCCAGCAUCAGCAAACCUCCUACCCAGCCCAACACCACCACCAUCACCACCAUCAUCGUCAUCACCACCACAACAACAACAACAACAACAACAACAACAAUAACAGCAGCAGUAGUAGCAGCAGUGAAGACGAUCAUCAUCACCACCAUCAAGACUGGGCGACGGCGACUGGGCUACAAAACUACCACGUUCUACAACAGCUCCAGUCAGAACCUCCUCCGUCGUUGGCGAUCGUUCAAAACAUGCCCGCUGCUGACUUCGGAUUCGUGACCGGGCCGCAACCGGCGUCGGCCGUCUACUGUCAGCCGAUGCAGCAGCAGCCGACCACCGCCACCGAUGACGACGACUUGUUUCAACUGCAGCGGCCGCCAGGGCAGGACGCGGCCACCGCUUCUUCGGCUUACCACAAGUGUUCGCCGACGACCGUGUUGGACUUGGGCAGCGGUACCAUUCACAGGAGCCCGGGGCAGUGCAGCGGCGACAACGCCGCCGUCGGUUGGCAACACUACCAGCCCGUCGACUACCAUCACCCGGCCACGGUGCACCAACAACACGAUCACCAGCAGCAGCAGCAGCAACAGUGCUUCCAGAUGCAGCAGAGUUGCGACGCCGUCGGCUAUCACCACCCCGUGCAGCAGCUGCAGUACGCCACCAUCAAGACCGAGGAUGGCCAGGAGUCGUUGGAUUUGAUGUACCCGAUGUCGGUGCAGGACGACGUAGAUUACUACGCACAGCUGUCGUCCUGUUCGUCGUCGGCGGACGCGGCGUGCCUCAAGGGCAACGCGGCGGCGGCGGCGGCCGUCAUGCAGAACGACGCGUCCAUGGACUUUAUCGGCGCCGACGGGACGAUGCCGGCCGACGUCUCCGCUUCGCAGCACGUCGUCGACUACACGGUCCUCGAUCCCACCAAACUGCUGUUGACCAACAACAAUUUUUACAUGGACGCUUACUGUGGCGGUGGCGCCGGCACAGAGACUAAUAACAACAACAACAACAACAACAACAACAACAACAACAAUAACGACGACGACCACACAGCCGUGGCCGCGUUCAACGACUUCCAGCUGAACGCCGCCGACAUCCAUUCCUGGUCGCAGGCCAUCAACCAAUGAAUUGGUGAAAUUGGUUCACCAGAUCACCAUUGUACAACUGCACAGUAAAUGAAUACUACAUGCAUAAGUAGUGAUUCGCGCAAAUGGGAAGACUUGCGAGGAAUUUUCAUAUUUUGAACGUUCGUCACGUAGGUGUGUCCCGCUGUAUAUAUGUAUAUAAAAAAAAGGUGUACUUUGUAAUUAAAUUGUUUGAGAGUGUGAAAUUUUGUGAAAUGUUUGUACAAUUAGUAAUUUAAUCAGUAGCGUAUAUUUUUUUUUUCCCCCAUUCCCAAUUUAUUGUUUAUUCAUUUCACUUUCGUUAUAGUUGACGCAUUUAGUCCAAAGGUGAUGGAUUGUUAACAAUUUGAUAAUUCUUGUAGACUUAACGUCUACAGAUUUUACGGGUAAAACGUGUCGUCACAUAAUACGCAGGUAACUACUACGUAACAUAUUAUUUGUAUUUUCCCUACAACAGUCGGAUUAAAAUUGAUUUACUAUUAUUAUUCGUUUGUAAAAUAAGUGUUCUCUUCUAUUUUUUAUUUUUUAUUUUAUACUUUGUAAAAACGCUAAAUGUCUUUUUUUAUUUAGUCUUAUAGUUAUUAUUAUUACAUCGCUUAUUGUUAGUUGAAGAUUCUGAUAGUCAUACGUACAUGGCCGAUUGAGUUUUCUUUCUCGAUGCUUCGACUACGUGUAUCUGUUGGUUGGUUGUUGUAGCGUUUGAUUUUUACGCCAGUCCACGGAACCUCCUCCCAUCCGUGUGAUACUUUAAUAAGUACGAACAGUAAUGUUUAACGCUGCGAAAAGGUAAAAAUUGGAAA